GUUUAGAAAGUUUUGUUUUUGUUUCAGACAUGAAUUGGACACGCCGUAAAAGAAAAAUAAAUUAUUGGAGCUGUCUCUUUGGAACCGACAUUACCACCUUUCUAAACACAUUUUGCGAAAGGAAUUAUUUUGUAAACAAAAAAAGCCUCUCGAGCCUCAGAUGAAAGAAAAACUAUUAAAUUACCAAAAUGUAUAAGAAAACCUUGAGGUUUACACCAAAGACAUUUGUGGCUUCCGCGGUGGUUUUUACCAUCAUUGUUUGCCUUUACUAUGCCAAUCACGUUACCGACGAUGUAAGUCAAAGGAAUGAAGUGAUGCCAGAAGAAGAGCCCCAAAUUGGGGUACAACUAUUUCAUCAGAGUGCUGUCAGCAGCAACGAUAAAGUAGACAAUGAAUUAAAUGAUCCUUCAAACAAAGGCACGUGUACUGCCUUAUUAAAUUCGGAUGCUGACAUUAACACUGUAGAUGUUUUUAAUAAUUUUGACUUUCAGGUAAUUUUAAAAAACCUAAAUUGCCAUUUUUGUUUAUCUCUUAUUCUCUAGGUGAUAUUGGUACCUCAUUCCCACAACGAUCCAGGAUGGUUGAAAACAUUUGAACAAUAUUUUAAUCUUCAGUCUCGACAAAUUCUUAAUUUAAUGGUACAAAAGUUACACCAACACAAAAAUUUAACAUUUAUUUGGUCAGAAGUUGCAUUUCUUGAUGCUUGGUGGGAAGCAGCACAUCCUAUUAAGCAAAAGUUGCUCAAGUCCCUAGUUAAAUCUGGUCGAUUAGAGAUAACAACAGGAGGAUGGGUCAUGACUGACGAGGCUAAUGCGCACGUUUUUGCAAUGGUAAAUCAACUUGUAGAAGGUUAG